AUGGUUCGAAGUGAGACUGAUAAUGAGCACAGUUAUUCAAAGGCCCUGGAAGUCGAUCAUUCUCACGAGCUAGGGGCUAUAAUAGAGCUAAUUAUUGGUCUCGAAGAAGCAUUGAGUGGACCCGACCAAUGUGAAAAAGCUCUUUUUCGAAAAGCACAAGCUUUGUAUGAGCUUCAAAGAUUCUCUGAAUCCUGCGAAAUCUAUAAGCUGCUCAGCGAGAAAUACCCAGGAAGUCCCUUCGCUCAAGAGGAGUUUGCGAGAGCUUCGGCUCGACGUGCAGAGCAGAACACGGGCAACUAUGUGUUUAAGAAGAUGCUAUCGGAGACAGAGUCUCAUGGAAAUGGUCUGUUCACAACAGCAACAGUCAAAGUUGGCGACCUGCUACUCUGCGAAAAAGCAUUUUCUUAUGCCUCUCAUAAAGAUGAUGAUGAACCUUCAGCGGGGGCUGGUACAAAUGAGAAGCUCAUUGAAUUGAUUGUCCAAAAGCUUUAUAAGAACCCAUCUCUACUUACCCCAAUUACUCGAUCUUUAUCGGGAUUUCUUGUCGAGUGCAUUGUCGACUUGAACGCAUUUAAAUCCCCUCUCACCUCUCGCAGGAGCCAUAUAAAUUCCAGAAAAGGUACACGAGAUGAGAAGUUUCCAUCCUGUGGAAUUUGGUGCUUAGCAUCGCAUAUCAAUCAUUCUUGCUUCAAUAAUGCUUGUCACUCGUUCAUUGGUGAUAUGAUGAUUCUUCGUGCUACAAAAGACCUGGCCCCUGAUACGGAGAUUACCACAUGGUAUUUGCCGCCAUUGCUUGUCAAGACAUGGGGGAUGAUGAACGAUGAUGUCGUCGGCUGUUGGAUGAUGCUCGCUCGUGCCUACCGUCUCGUAGCGCCUGCACUUCAGGCCCAAAGCGUGACAUAUGCCAAAAUAUCCUACAAGAUCUGCGUUGGCGAAGAUGAAACAUUCUACAAAACGUAUGGCCGGCUUUCGGAUCGAACUGAUGGCCUGAUCUAA